UUGCAUGUCAUUGCUUUAAUUAUUGAAGGGCACAUUUGUCCCUUGGUUGGGUGAUAUGGGAGGCAAGGCAUUUGUGAGGUUGGCGGCUGUCACACAGAGAUGCCUGCGCAGAGGCAAGAACUCAACUCUGCCCCUGCAAUACUAGAGACUAGAACCUUUUAAAACCAGAAGGCGCCCAAAUCACACAACACAUUAAGCUUGCUGAUGCCAGAGAUGCAGAGUCAUUACCCGUGCGGUGCCAGCCACAUUUUAAGCUCAAACAAAACAGAAAGCAGCCCCUUUAUAUUUGUGGAAAUGGCAGACAAUUCUUCACACAAGCUGAAGCUCGCAGGAGGCGUGGCCUUGGGUGCGACCGCUUUAUUUUUGGUUUCCAAAGCACUAAAGAAGUCUGUGAAAGACUCGGUGCGAAGGGAAGCUUCCUCUUCUUUUGAGUAUCACCUUGCAGUCCAUUGCGCAGAGGUGUCAGAGGGCUGGCAUUUGGUGAAGCUCCACAAGGCCGCGGACAUCAAAGAGCAAGGCGAAGUGACAGCUGCUACACUAGGCAUUGAUUUGACAGGCUUUCACCUCUAUCCGGUCGAGAGAAGGACUUUGGAUGGGCCUUGCAUCAAGCUUGGGGCAAGCCUUGCUGAUGCCUCUGGCUUGGAAAAUCAUCUCCUGGCUUUGACGCCUGAUCGUUUGCAGGUAGUUGAGCUGGUGUGCGCAAGGGAGAUGCCGCGACCUGCAGACGUGCCAAGGGGCCCUGCAGCCUUCCCAAUUUGUGGUAUCCAACUGCCGUUCAUCGGAACAACGUAUAAGCUCUUCCAAGGACCUUACAAACUGCCAACCUACAACCUUGCUCACAACGUCUUCCCGCCAAGCGAGUACCCUUACGGCGCGACCGUGCGAUCGCACAGCGGCCAAAGACAAGAGAUCGCUGACUUCCCAACUGGAACCAUCUUCAACGACAGUGCUCACUAUACAGUCACGAUGACUGCAGAUGCCAACAUCGUGAAAGAGUUGAUUGAUCGAACGGCAGAUUUUCCAAAGUUGUGGAACAGAGGAUUCCAGAUCCCAUUGCAGGGCUUCACAGCGAACGGGUUAUUUACGAGCAGUGAGACUUCAGAUGAUUGGAAGACGGCGCACACUUUGCUUCCAAGAGGCUUUAAUCAGAUCAAGAUCAAGAGCUUUGCGCCACAGAUUUUUGCCAAGACUCGGGCCUUUGUCCGUGAGUGGUCCAACUUCAAAGCUGGUCACAAGGUGGAACAUGUGAAUGAUUGGCUCACAGCCAUGACUGCAGAUGCUGUGGUCUCUUGUAGUAUGGGCAUGGACAUGCGAAAUGUGGAACGUCUUGGAGCAAAACAGGAGCCCCACAAGUUUGUGGAGACGUUCCGCUCCGGCCUGGGACUCUCUGUUGGAGCCAUCUCUGAGAAGUCGGAGUACGGCCUGAAGCGAUUCCUCCCUUUCUUUGAUGCGAAGGGGAAGCUGAAAGCCAAGUUUGACACAGUGAAAAAAGAGAUGGAAAGACAAGUGGAGGAUUUGGUGGAAGCCACAAGACAAGGAGAAAUCGGCAACCAAGACUCGAUCAUCAGAAGCAUGUUAGAAGACCGGACUGCAGAUGGAAAGCAUGUUCGCUACGGAGCUUUGUAUGGGCAUGUGGUGAAUUUGAUGAUUGCAGGACACGAGACUACUGCGGCCACCUUGGGUUUUACCCUUCAGCUUUUGGCUGAGAACCCGGAGUACGAAGCUCGAGCAUUGGAAGAGGUGCGGCAAGUGCUGAACGGCCGCGCAGAGCCCUCAGUGGAUGAUGUGCCAAAGCUCCAGUUCGUGGAGCAAUGCUUCCGUGAAGCCCUGCGACUCUAUAGCCCGGUCACGAGCCUCACUCGCGACGUGGCCUACGACACGCUUUUGGGAGGCCAUCGAGCCUUCCAGGGUGAAAGGAUCGUGGUGGUGACCCGCGCGCUGCACACUAAUCCUGAGUACUGGGGUGGUGAAUUUGGAGAUCCGUUGCGCUUCAAUCCGGACCGCUUCUCUCCUGAGGCGGUACAGAAUCGACAUCCAAACGCCUACCACCCCUGGGGCUUCUCCACCCGUGCCUGCAUCGGAAGUCAGUUUGCUCUCUUUGAAGCAAAGACCUUCUUGGCGUCAAUGUUGAUCCACUUCCGCUUGCAAGGCAUCCCAGGGUACAAGCUCGUGGCCUCCACUGAAGCUGGUGGUGCAGCCCCAUCGCCUGAUAACCUAGCCUUUCAGGUUUUCCCCAGGCCCGGCGGGCCGCUGUGGUCUGACAAGGGUCUCAUGCAGCCACUGCCAGCAUUCUCAGCACCGGAGGUUGUCAAAGCAGCUCAGCCAGCAGAGAAGUCAGAGAUGAAUGGUGCUACGCGCGCGAAGACAGGGCCAGUGAUGAAGGUACUUUAUGGUUCCAACUCUGGUUCCAGUCAAGACUUUGCCAGCCAAGUCGAAGCUGCGGCAGGUCGAAGCGGCUUCCAGUCUUCGCUUCACUCGAUGAAUCAGGGUGUCUCCGAAGAGCUUUUGGUGCCAGAUGGACGCUUGGUCAUCAUUGUCACCUCUACGUACAACGGCAUGCCGCCUGACAAUGCGGGUAAGUUCAAGAAGUGGCUUCAGACUCAGAAACCCGACUCCUUGCAAGGGCUGAAAUAUGCAGUCUUUGGAGUGGGAAACUCCCAAUGGCAUACAUACCAGCAGUUCCCACGUGAGGUCGACGCUGCCUUGAACAGUCUCGGCGGCACCCGUCUUUGUGAUUUGGGCGCGUGCGAUGUAGAUGGAGCAUCCUUUACCUCUGAUUUUGAGGAUUGGUUGUCCAAUUUGUUGCAAACCAUCGGCGCUGCAGAGAGCACAGACCACGACGAGGGCCUUACUGGAAUUGACGAGUUUGUGGUGGCAACGCAUGCGGAUGGUGUGAAGAUAAUGAAGGAACCAGGCAUUGUUCUUGCAGCCAUCAAAGAGGGUAAGGAGGCUGCAGCCAAGGCACUUGGCUUGACUGAGCCUGUUGAUACCCAUCUGAAAGCCUUAGAGAUUGUUGAGUCGCCCAGAGAGCUUUGCCAAAAGCCUCAAGACCGAAGUGUGCGCCACGUGACCCUGCGACUCCCCACAGGCUCAAAGUAUCGCGCUGGUGAUCAUCUAGAGAUGCUGCCACCCAAUGACCCAGCCUUGAUCUCGAUGACCAUGGAGGCAUUGAACUUCGACAAGGACGCUGUGGUUUGCUGGGACCCAGCAAAGCGCCAGAAGAAGUUCCGCAACUUGGUGCUGGAAGAGACAGUCUGGGCCAAGAUGCCAGCAAUGUACAUCACAGUCUCCGUGGUGAUGCAGUGGUUCCCAGAUUUGGCCAGCACACCAGAUCGAAAGAUCUGUGGGUUGCUCGCCGAAAGAGUCACUUCAGCGGAGGCCAAAGAGGAGCUCCAGUCUUUGGCCAAGGACGCAGAGAAGUACAAGGCCAAGGUCUCUUCUUUGAACUUGUCAUUGGCCGAGCUGUUGUACAAGUUCAAGGGCCAGUUUAACUGCAGCCUGGGCGAGUUUGUAGCCAUCGCCAAGUCCCUUGCCAUUCGUCGCUACAGCGUGUCUUCCUCCCCAUCAGCUCCUGGCGCCGAUCCAAACGUGGUCACGAUCACUGUUGGACAAGUGAAGUUCACCACUGGCACUGGAAGGGUCCACCACGGCUUGGCCUCCACCUGCCUUGGUCAGCUACCGGUCGGAGGUUGCAUCCCAGGAAAUGUGCGCACUUUGCAGUCAGACUUUCACCUGCCGGAGGACAAGUCGGCACCGAUCAUCAUGGUUGGUCCUGGAACCGGAUUGGCGCCAAUGAUGGGUUUCUUGCAGGAACGUGAAGCGUUGUUGAAGAAGAAGGAGAAGCUGGGAGAGGCGAUUCUCUUCUUUGGCUGCCGUGCUCGUGACGCAGACUACCUCUAUGAGAAAGAGCUGGAAGCACACUUGAAAUCUGGAGCCCUUUCCACCCUGCACGUGGCCUUCAGUCGGGAAGCCGGUCAAAAGGUCUACGUGCAAGACAAGAUUUGGGAGCAACGCGCGGAGGUUUGGCGUGUUUUGUCAAACCCCAAAUCGAUGGUCUUCAUUUGUGGAGAUGCUCGUGCCAUGGCACCAGAUGUGAAGCGAAGCUUCCAGCGUGUCAUUGAGAGUUGUGGCGGAAGAAGUACCUCAACGGCUGCAAAUUUGCUGGCUAGCAUGGUUGAGGCAAGCCGCUAUUUGGAAGAUGUUUGGGCGUAGAGAUCUGACAUCUUGGUGAGCAGUGAGCAGCUAAUUGGCCCGCAUGUCCGCACGCAUAGAGCGUGACUGAGGUCUUGUUAGGGUCUGCUUGUGGCUGUACAGAUUGGGCAUGUCCUGAUGCUAGUCUAGUGUUUUGUUACCCUCCAUGCCUUGAUACAGACGCCGCGGUUCGUUGGCAGGCAGACUGGAGUUCCAGGUAAGGCAACAUUUGCUUUGCCAUUUGAUUGAUUGUUGCACG